UUGUCCUAUGGACAAGUGGAUGAAAAGCUUGAUAAAAACGGGCUACAGGUUGCAGUUUGCAACCAAGCCUCCCCGUUUCAGCAGGAUCCUGGAGACCCACUUGUCGUCUCCUCAGCAGGAUCUCGCUCUUCAAGCAGAGCUCCAGGAACUCCUAAACAAGGAAGUCAUUUCCAGAGUUCCAAGUGGGGAGGAAUACGAGGGUUUUUAUUCCCGGUAUUUCCUUGUCCCCAAAAAAACGGGUGCAAUGAGACCGAUCCUGGAUCUCUCGUUUUUCAACAAAUUCAUACUGAAAAGACCUUUUCACAUGUUGACAACCAAACAGAUGCUCACAUGUGUUCAGGAAGGCGAUUGGUUCACGUCAAUCAACCUUAAGGACGCUUAUUUUCAUGUCCCGGUUAUCCCGGCGCACAGAAAAUACCUGCGUUUUUCUUUUCAGGAGAUUCAGUACCAGUACAACCAUCUUCCUUUCGGUUACGCACUGACACCACGCAUCUUCUCCAAGUGCGUAGAGACAGCACUGCAGCCUCUGCGCUCUGCGGGAAUGAGAAUCCUGUUUUAUCUGGACGACUUGCUCCUGCUGGCUCCAUCCAGACAGGAAGCAGCGUCACAGACGGAAAAACUGUCAGCACACCUAAGGAUGCUGGGUUUUUCCAUAAACUGGAAAAAGAGUUCUCUCAUUCCGGCCCAAUCCAGCACGUAUCUGGGUGUGGAUCUGAACUCAGUCACCAUGACAGCUCAUCUGUCCUUACCCAAAAAAAGACUGCUGUCGUUGUUAGCCCAUGUCAGACCCCGCACGUCAGUGACAGCUCUAACCAUCAUGCGUCUCUUGGGCAUGAUGACAGCAGCCCACGCGGUGGUUCCGCUCGGGCUGCUACACACGAGACCCCUACAGCGGUGCUUCUCCCGGCUAAAGAUCGAUCCGAUACGCCACAAGCGCAGGAUAGUAUCGAUCCCCUCCUCAGUGGAGGCGGAUCUGAGCCACUGGAGGAAGCCGCACACACUGUCGGCAGGCGUCCCUCUGAGCAGAGCGACACAUCACGUGCCUGUCUUCACAAACACGUCACUGUCAGGGUGGGGGGGGACAUGCUUGUCCCAGACUGUGGGAGACCACUGGUCUGCCCAUCCUGUCCCCCACAUAAAUGUUCUGGAACUUCUGACUGUGUGGAAAGUGCUUGUGCAUUUAAUUCAUCUGGUCCGGGACCAGCAUGUUCUGGUCCACAUGGACAACAAAGCGGCAGCGGCUUCCAUAAAUCGCCUGGGAGGGGUACGCUCCCGGCUUCUGCUGGACACAGCCAGAGAGUUGCUCCUUUGGGCACACACCCACUUACGCUCAAUCCGAGCGGUCUACUUUCUGGGUGUGCUGAACAAGGGAGCGGACAUCAUGUCCAGAGGAGGUCCCCAGGACGGGGACUGGCCCCUGCACAAAACCAUAAUUACGCAAAUCUGGGACAGAUUCGGCAAGGCGGAAGUGGACCUGUUCGCCAGCAGAGAAAACACACAGUGCGACCUCUGGUUCUCCCUGAGCUCACAGGACAACCCUCCUCUGGGAGUGGAUGCCUUUGCGCACCGUCCUUGGCCGAACAAGUUGCUUUAUGCCUUCCCUCCUGUCCCUCUGAUCCCACGACUACUGGACCGGAUCAGAGCAGACCGUCGGCGGGCUAUUCUGAUUGCUCUGGAGCGCACGGAAGCGCACUGGUUCCCGGUCCUCCAGUCAUUACUCUCAGGUCUCCCGCUUCAGCUACCCUGGCAGGAGAACACUCUCCUGCAGGCGGGAGGAGCGAUCAGGAGCUACCUGAGACUGGGCCAGCCCCUCUGGGCCUGGCCGCUGAACGGGAAUGCUUAGUAAACCUGAGUUUAUCUGCUGAUGUGGUGCGCACCAUCCAGGAUGCGCGCGCAGCAUCCACAGUCUCAUCCUACACAGCCAAGUGGUCAUCCUUUCAGCACUGGUGUGUAGAAAAAACUACAGACCUAGUUUCCUGCUCUUUGUCCUGCAUUCUGUCUUUCCUACAGAUGUUAAUGGACAGAGGUUUAGCCUUCAGCACCGUUAAAAUGUAUGCUGCGGCGAUUUCAUCCUGUCACGUGGGUUUUGGUGACAGGAUGGUUUUUAAUCAUCCGUUGGCAAAACGGUUCUUAAAGGGAGAGCGUAGGCGCAGACCUGUCACGCGCACAUUUGUUCCGCAGUGGGAUUUAACACUAGUGCUACACGCUUUAACUAAAGCCCCCUUUGAGCCUUUGGAUCAGGUCUCAUUAAAGUUUUUGUCUCAAAAAACAGCGCUGCUGUUAGCGYUAACAUCAGCAAAGAGAGUCAGCGAGCUGUCUGCCCUGUCAGUGUCUCCCUCCUGUCUCAGGAUACGGGAGGAUGGCGGCUCUGCGACUUUGCGUCCCAAUCCGGCUUUUAUGCCCAAGAGCAUCACAAGCUCUUACAGCUCCAGAGUUAUUACUCUGAGCGGCKUCUGUCCUCCUCCUCAUAAUUCGGAGGAGG